UCCCCAAAGCAGCCAAUUCGAUUUCCCAACCAGUUACUGUAACUUGCAUUCCCUCCAGAAGGAAGCAGUAGCGACUCCACCAGAGAGAAAGAAAAAGAGAAAGCAGGGAAUCAUAGAGAAGAGAAGGAAGUCUGGAAAGGUUACUCUAAUUUAGAAGUUCGAUAACCGAGCGAGGGCAGCGCGCUGGGAUUUCUUUUCUUUUCUUUUCUUUUUUCUUUUCUUUUUUUCUUUUUCUUUUUUUUUGGAAAGCCGGCAAGGUUCUAAAGUAUUUAAAAUGGAAGCAAAGAAAGCAAAUAUAUUGUCUCCAAAUUCUCUGGGACAAAAUGUGAACCCUGAUCUUGAUAUUGAAAGAAAAAAUAACUCUUUCUCCAUUGAGCACCUUACUAAUAUACUGGACGGUGGAACAAACAACACCAAGCUCCGGAGGGAAGUUGAGGCUGUGCUCGAGGCUGAUCCAGAGUUUAGCCAAGAAAACCUGUAUUUCCAGAACCAAAAUGAAAGAUAUGAAAGUGCAGUCAGAAAAACUGUUUACCUCUCGCAAAAGAUGGCUAAAAUGGGAUGGACUGUAGAUGGCCCGGAACAGAACCUCUGCUUUAAGUUUCUUAGUGACGAUUUGGCAUUUAACAUACACGUAGUCUUUAUGAAGAGCAUUUUGGCUUUAGGCACCGAUGAACAGAUCAGCAAAUGGAUUCCCUUAGCAAACAAGAUUUUCAUCAUAGGGACCUAUGCCCAAACUGAAUUGGGACAUGGAUCUAAUCUUCGAGGCUUGGAGACCACAGCCACAUUUGAUGUGGCCACUCAGGAGUUUAUCAUAAACACGCCAACCUUCUCUGCCAUGAAAUGGUGGCCAGGAGACCUGGGCCGAACUGCAACUCAUGCUGUGGUUUUUGCUCAACUUUAUCUGAAAGGACGUUGUUAUGGCAUGCAUCCAUUCAUUGUACAAAUCCGCAGCCUCAGAGACCAUUCUCCAGGUCAAGGAAUAACUGUAGGGGAUAUAGGUCCCAAAAUGGGCUUUGAGAAUAUUGACAAUGGCUUCCUCAUCCUGAAGAAUGUCCGUGUUCCAAGAGAAAACAUGCUGGCCAAAUUCUCUCAGGUUCUACCAGAUGGUCAAUAUAAGAAGCAAGGAUCUGAGAAAAUCAACUAUUUUACUAUGAUUGUGAUUCGUGUGAACAUACUUCGGAGUUCAGUUAUUCCCUGUCUGAUGAAGGCUUGUACUAUUGCUAUCCGAUAUUCGGUGGUGCGUCGGCAAUCUGAGUUAAAACCAGGUGAUCCAGAGGCUAAGAUUUUAGACUAUCAGACCCAGCAGCAGAAGCUUUUUCCUCAGCUGGCCACUGCCUAUGCCUUUCAUUUUAUUUGCGACUAUCUGCAGGACACUUUCCAGAAAUGCUACAAUCAGACCAAAGAAGGAAAAUUUGACUUGCUUCCAGAGCUUCACGCCCUGGCAGCAGGCAUAAAAGUGAUCACUACCGAUUAUUGCACAGCUGGAGUGGAGGUGUGUCGAAGGGCUUGCGGGGGACAUGGCUACUCUCUUCUCAGUGGCCUGCCUUCCAUUUAUACGAAAGUGGUCCCGUCAUGUACUUAUGAGGGAGAAAAUACUGUUCUCCUGCUGCAAACAGCCAGAUUUCUUAUAAAAUGCUAUGGAAUGGCACAAAUGGGCCAGCCACUUCCUUCAUCAGUUGCCUACUUUUCUUCAGUGAAUUUUGGAAAAUGUCAAGCCCAGGAAAAAAUGGAUUUCUUAAAUCCUGAUAUUUACACAGAUGCCUAUAAGCAUCGAGCCCUCAGGUUUACAAGAAAUGCAGCAAUGAAGCUUCAGCAGUUGGUUCAGGCAGGGAAAACACAGUACGAAGCCUGGAACCAGUGCACUGUGCAACUAGCAAGAGCUGCGAUGGCUCAUAGCCAUUACAUUGUGGUACAAAAAUUUACUGAAGAGUUGGAGAAACAUGCAAAAGAAUCUGCCAUCUGGAGGAUCCUCAAAAAUCUCUGUGAUCUCUUUGCACUACAUGGGAUUUUCUCUAAUGCAGGAGAUUUUAUGCAGGAUGCGUAUUUUUCUACAGAACAAAUUGACAGGGUGACUGAAACAUACCUGGACCUCUUGACAGUCAUUCGGAGAGAUGCUGUGCCAUUGGUGGAUGCCUUUGACUUUUCUGAUGCACGUUUAAAUUCAGCCCUGGGAAGCUAUGAUGGCCAUGUCUAUCAGAGGCUUUAUGAGUGGGCCAAGAAGUCACCAACCAAUCACCAGGACGACCGGGUCUUCAAGACAUACUUAAAACCACUUUUCCAGAAUGCUCUCUCCAAGCUAUGAAGAGGGGGUCUGACACAGGGUAACUCUUUUCCAAACUGCCUUUCAAGCAAUACUGUCAGUUUUCCUUAAUAAGCACAUGAAAUGUAAUUGCAGUCUGCCUUUAAGCUGGAUAACAUCAGACUCAAUUCUCCCAAAGGUGCUUUUUCCAAAAGGCAACAGGACUUUUUUGAUUUUUUUCCCUUUGAAAAUGUUUUGUUUCUCAUCCAAGAGGCGUCUUUAGAACUGAAGAGAAGAAGCUUCUUGGAUGAGAAGCAAAACAUUUUCAAAGAGAAAAAACCGGUCCACAGAUCAGGAGUUGGGGACCGCUGCUUUAAAACAAUGAUGAUGGGGUGCUAAUAGGAAAGGGUUCAUAGAAUUGGAUUGGGGGAUGGUGCUUUUGAAUCGGUGCUGAUUUAUAGCAAUUGCCUAGAUUAGUCCUUGCAGUUGGGAUAAUAAUAUUAUUUGUCAGCAUCUCAACGCUGACAUAGAAAAGGGAGAUAAGCCCUGAACUUUUGCCUGCUAAAUCCCUUUGAAGCUCGGUCUCCGUGGAAAUGAAGAGGGGGGAACAUUCCUGUGAAAUGACGAGACAAGAAGUCAGGAGAGUGACUUGGAAGAUAGCCAAUGAGAAGCAGAGAAUUGGGGAUCGGAAAGGGAGGGAUUGGGGGGCAAAAGGUCAGUCUUGUCCGCACGAGUCAUGAUCCGGUUGCUGUACUCGAAUAAAGAGAUUUCCUUAAA